GCCGAAUAAGUUUCCACGCAAAGUCAGAGAAUAUUUAAAAUCAUUUAAUAAUAUUUGAAUAUGAGUGCAAGAGUAUUUCCAUUAUUUCGAAGUUUGCAAUCUAGCCGUCUUAGCGGUUAUGCCCCAAAACAACAAUUGAUGCUUGGUGUUUAUUGUGCACCUACCAUGUAUUUUGCACUACAUCCUGCUCUAUACAAUCCAAGAACAUUCUUAUAUACAAACUCCAAGUGCGGCACGUCUAAUGACGGCUGUGUAAUUCCGAUACAUAAUUCUGAGAGUUCACUCUUAAAAAAAAUUACAACCUUGGCUGACAUUCCAAGUGCUCGUGAUAUUAGAAAGGAUUUGCCAUCAUUGAAUCAAUUAAAUAUUGAGCUACCUUCCGGAGAAGAAGUACGUAAAGCAAUGGAUGAAGGGAGAGUUGAUGAAUAUGUGCUGAAUGAUUCCGAUGAGGAUAAUAUGUAAACACCGAAGGAGGAAUAUUUCACAUUUGUUAUCUUUUCCUCUUUUCUCCUUUUAUACACACACAAUCAAUAACAACUUUUCAGAUCAUCAUUUUUUUUAAAUUUACAAGAUCACUUCUUGCUGAAUUCAAUGCUUUCUAAGAUGAAAAUGUCGAAUUUCCCAUUUUGAUUUAAUUACAAUAGUACAAACUAUGCUUGUUUUAUCACUUUUCUUUGGAAAAAUGGAAAUUAAAACUUUUCUUAAAUUCUUUCAUGAUUAGGCCUUUUUGAUUUUUAUGUUUUUUUUUCUUAUCAAAAUUGACAAGUAACAAUAUGCAAAUGAAGCGAAUUUAACCCAUAUUUUGUUUAUGGUGGCUUGCAUUUCACUUUAUAUAUCUUAA